AUAUAAGUAAAUGGAGUGGUAUAAAAUCGCAUUUCAUGAAGUUUUCCGAUUAUCGUUGAAGUGUGUUUCGCAAUGAAAGCCGCAGCGCCUCUGAUAUUAUUAUUUUCCGGCAUUGUCAUUGCCGAAAAUUUGAAAUUAAGCCAUGAUAUUAACCCCGGAAAAUUUGAAGCUAAAAAAGUGACACAAGAAGUGUUACCAGACAUCGUGUGGAAACAUCUGAAGGAAGCUCUUCUUUCAGAAGGAGCUUUAUUAAGUGAUGGAUAUAUCCAAGCAGAUGUUACAGAAUAUGCUAUAAAAAUCGUAGAACACCUGCAACCACUCAUUAUUAAGAAAGGCAUGGAGCCUUUAUUGUUAUCGGAUCAGAAAAUCAAGUUGAUUCCAACUGGCACCUGUAUUUUAACUGAUGGAACAAUUAGCAACUUAUCCACCAUCUCAAUUUCUAACCCGGUUAUUGCUAGAUAUAACCAAAAUAAGGACAUACUGGACCUUACCUUGCCGUUAUAUUUUAAAGCGCUUGCGAUCGAUUACAAAUACCGCAUUAAAAUCGUCCUGCUAUCCAUUAAAGGAGGCAUCGAGGCCAAAAUUAAAAAUGUCAAGCUUAACCUUCACAUGGGCUUCAACUUUAGCAGUUAUCAUGCGUUUGUUGACAAGGCUGAUAUAAAAAGUUCAGGUUCGAUCUCGAUUAAAUUUACUGGACAAGGGAUUGUGGACUGGGUCAUUGAUCUAUUAACUGACACACUAACUACUCUGUUCCAUGGAAUUAUCUUGAAUGUAAUUAAUAUGGUAAUUAACAUUCCAGUUGGCAGUAUGGUUAGCUCCAUUAAUAAAAUAAUUGAUAAUAUUUUGGAGCGCAAUUCUGAAUUAAUUUAUUGAUACAGAGUAAAGGUUCUAAUAAAUGUAUCGAAAUAAUUAUAGUUGUAUGCUAAUAAAUAAUCCGAAAAUAUAAUUGUGUAUUAAAUUGA